AGUUGUAGCGAUUCAGAGUGUGUGAAGCAACGGGACGAAGACGACGACGACGGUGGAAAAUGUCAAUGUCGUAAAAAUUUUGUGCAGGAAAAGUGAAAAUUCUCGGGUGGAUUUUUCCGAUUGCGCUCGUCCUCCUCCUUACUCCUCUCUUUCUCUCUGUCCGAAAUAGUUCCUCAGACUGGUUCCGGUUCCGGUGGCCAGCACUUCGGGAAGGUCGGAAAAUUGCUGGUUUUUCCCGUGGAUUUUCCGUCCCGUUUCGCUCACGGUGGGGGAGUGUUUUUUUUUGUGCUGAUUUUUCAUUUCUGGUGUAAAAGUGUGCUGGUGCUGGUGCUGCUGCUGGAAGGGAACCUGCUCCGGUCGUCGGUCAUCGCUGCGAGUCGCUGGUCAGUGUCGUGGGGAAAGUAUGUUCAAGAGUCGUAGCGAGGGAAAUGUCGUCUACAAGUGCACCGUUCGACUGCUGGAGGAUCUGGACGUACUCGAGUGCGAGUUCCAGCCACAUCACAAGGGCAGCUUUCUGCUGGAAUACAUUUGCGAUACGCUGGAGAUCACCGAGCGGGACUAUUUCGGGCUUCGAUUCGUGGAUUCGGCCAAGCAGAGGCACUGGCUAGAUCUUGCAAAAACUAUUAUCAAACAAGUAAAAGAUGUUGAACCACUGGUGCUGUCGUUUCGUGUCAAAUUCUACCCAGCCGAUCCCUGCCGGCUGACGGGAAAUGGAAAAGUUAUGCUGUUUCAGCAGCUCAAGCGAGAUCUGCGGCAUGGGCGGCUGUACUGUUCGAUCGGGGAAGCUGCGGCGCUGGGGGCACUCAUCGUUCAAGAUGAGGUCGGCGAUUACGACCCGGAAGCGCACACCGGCGAGUACGUGUCGUCACUGAAGAUCGCGCUGCGCCAGACGGAACCGCUGGAGAAGAAGGUGCUGGAGCUGCACCAGAAGCGCGAGCCCGGCCAGGACGCGGCCGGCGUGAUGGACGAGUUUGUAGGGAUCGCGCGCAGCCUGGAGACGUACGGCAUCGAUCCGCACCCGGUCAAGGACCACCGGGGCACGCAGCUCUACCUGGGCAUCAACUUUUCCGGCAUCAGCACGUUCGCGGCGGGCCGGCGGGCGCAGCACUUCCGGUGGCCCGAGGUGCACAAGAUUAACUUUGAGGGCAAGAUGUUCAUCAUCCAUCUGGCGUACACGGACGAUCGGCGCGAGGUGAAAAAGCAUACGGUUGGAUUCAAGUGUCCGUCGGGAUCGGCGUGUCGAUACGUGUGGCGAUGUGCUAUCGAACAAAUGUUAUUUUUUACUCUUCCAAACAGCCAACAAGCGUCGGUUAUGUCCGGCGGAGGGUUCUUCUCGUGGGGUACCAAGUUUAAGUACUCCGGUCGAACCGAGCGGGAAAUCCUGUCCGAGUCGUUGAACGCCCUGCGGCAGCAGAAGCUCAACAACACAAGCCCGAGCAAGAGGAAAGCACAGAGCGUCCCGGCGACGCCCUCCAGUCCCCAAGGUGAUCUCGCGGAAAUCCGUAAGUCACGAUACAGCAGCCUUCCACGAUCUACAAUGUCGGAACCGCUCGGCGGGUGCAACGAUCACCACAUGGCGUCGUCCGUGUACUGCACCGACAACCCACUGCCAACGCUGGAGACCGUCUCGGAGGAGGCGCGCAAAACCAACGGCGAAAGCAACGACCACCUGUCCGACUACUAUUUCCGGGACUCGUUCGACCACUCGUCGUCCGAGUCCGGCUUCACCAGCAACGUGAUCGAGAACCGGCUCGGCUCUCAUCUGCACCACCGCCAAAACUAUACUUCCGAUGCCAUCUCGUCGCUGGCGAUGCACAGCAUGGCCAACAACUCGGCCAUGAUCCAGCAGCAGAACGCCACCAACAGUGCGAAAAAUGUGAAAAAGUUCUCCCUCAUCCAGGCGUUCGUGCCGUCGUUCAUCUUCGUCGUCGUGGUCCUAGCCGUGUCCGCCGUGUACAUCCUCGAGUCCGACUCGGAGAUGUUCAGCUCGAUGAAGAACUGGCCCGAGAUGAUCUGCCUGCGCUACCAGUACUACCAACCACUCAAAGAAUUCCUCGCGAAAAAGUUCGGUGCCAUAUUCUGAUUCGUUCUGGCCAAACGGGCCAGCGGCGGCGGCACCUCGGUGGAUGGCGAUGGCUUUGACUAUUCCGGAACAGUUCCGGGUUACGCCGAGGGGCGGGAAACGGGUGGUAACGACAGCUACAUGACCCUUACGCUCACGCUGCCCGUUACGAGGCAAAUUUGAUGGCAGAUCGGACGGAAGCGAAUCAAUCAUACACAUCGAAAUUCAAGUGAAUCAUGAACAUUAUCAGUAUUGUGUUUAAGAUUCCUAUUGCUCGAAGGCGCUUGGGGUUGUAUCGAAAUGGGGCGAGAUGUUUUUUUUUUGGGUUCUUGGUGUUCAACAGCUUUUAGGAGAAACUUAAUGGACUGCUUAUUAUUAGUUUUAGAUUUUAGUUGCUCUUUUGAGUUUGCAAGCUUUACAGUUUUUAAUAGAAAUGCUUUUUAGUAUGACUUUUUUGAUCAAUCAUAAAUUAUUUAUGUAUU